UGCCUGACUUGCUUACGGAUCUCACGUUUUCCCCACGCUCUUUCUAUCCAGACCAGACCCGUGGAUACAUAUCUGGGGUGAUCUUCCAUGUUUUUGUCCUGAACCUGAAAAAGUAGGCAGGACUUCCGAAUAGCUUCCUUGUGCGACCAGUUGACACACACCAUGGAAAAACCACUCCCCGUCGGCUACCGCUGGCGCUCCUCCCGCUCCUUCAUCGUGUUCACCGUCACCGUCGCCUUGUUCGCCGAAACCUUUCUUUAUGGCUUUCUCGUCCCCAUCCUGAGCUACAUGAUCGAGGUGCGGUUGGGGAUCGACCCGUCCGAGACCCAGCGCUACAUGACCACUUUGUUGUCCAUGCACGGCUUCCUGGGAAUUGUGGCUGCCCCGAUCAUCGCCCACUUCGCCGACAAGACCCCCAACCGCAAGAUCCCUCUCCUGCUGGCCCUGGGUGGCUGCUUCGUUGGAACCGGGCUCGUCGCUUCGACUCUCAAUGUGGCUGCGCUUUUCGUCGGGCGCACGAUGCAGGCAAUCGCCGGGUGUGCUGCCUGGGUGGUGGGACACGCCAUGCUGACCGAUCACAUCGAUGCCGAUCAUCUGGGGAAAACAUUGGGUCUCGCGAUGACUUUUGUCACGGCCGGAAUUAUCUCCGGACCGACCGUGGCGGGAGCGAUGCUGGAACUCUUCGGAUACUGGGCAGCCUGGUCGGUUCCGCUGGUCGUGCUGGCGGUGGACAUUGUCGCCCGGUUGAUUAUGCUGGAACCUGAUCGAUCCAGCCCUGUCCCAGCUGCGACACAGGAUGAAACCACGGGUCUUCUGUCGGAUAGCUCCGAGGGCCAACCGACCCAAGGCGACGCGGCUUCGACCAGCACCAGCACCACUCUCACCGAUGCCUCCUCCCCUCGACAUUUCUACCAGAUCAUGCUGAGUGACGGGCGGGUUCUGGCCGGCCUGGCGAAUACCUUGUUGAUGUCCUCGAUCUUUUCCGGCUUCGAAGCCACGCUCCCGCUGCACCUCCGGGACGUCUUCCACUGGGGCAGCUUGCCGACCGGAAUGAUGUUUUUCUGUCUGCAGAUCCCCUCGUUCUUCCUCUCCGCGGCCGCCGGUUGGAUGCGGGAUCGCCAGGGACUCCGUAAUCCGACAGCGCUGGGCUGGUUCACGUUGGCGCCUCUGCUGUGGCUGUUGGGCGUGCCCGGCGACGACAAGUUCCCCUGGGCCAGCGCCGAUACCAACGGCAAACCGAUCUUCGUCACCACCAUGCUCGGCUUUGGUCUAUUCUCUAUGCUAGUUCGCGGAGCGGGCAGUCUGCAGGUUACUUGGGUCGUCAAGGAGAAACAGACGAAAGACCCGCUUAUCUUCGGACCGCAUGGAGGUAGCUCGCGCGCCUUCUCCAUUGUGGAAAUGGCCUUUGGGACCGGCUCGAUGAUCGGGCCCUUGAUCGCCGGGUCGCUGUCCGAGACCGUCGGCUAUUAUUACUCGACCACGGUGUUUGGUGAGUGUUUCCCGCUCUGAUGGCGCAUAAGCCGACAAGCACGCUAACAUUUCCCUUGCUUUCAGCCAUCACCUGCCUCGCGCUCUCCGUG